AAGUAGCAGUCGUGGGGACAGCAUGCUGGCCAAAGGACUUUCCCUGCGCUCAGUGACAGUCAAAGGCUGCCAACCUUUCCUGAGCCCUACGUGGCAGGGUCCAGUGCUGGCCACUGGAAAGGGAGCUGGUGUCUCCACUAACAGUCCUCGAUCCUUCAAUGAGAUCCCUUCCCCUGGUGACAAUGGUUGGCUGAACCUGUACCACUUCUGGAGGGAGAAUGGCACAGAAAGAAUCCAUUACCAUCACAUGCAGAAUUUCCAAAAGUAUGGCCCCAUUUACAGGGAGAAGCUGGGCAACAUGGAGUCAGUUUACAUUGUGGACCCCAAGGAUGCAGCAGUGCUCUUCUCAUGCGAGGGUCCCAACCCGGAGCGGUACCUCGUGCCCCCCUGGGUGGCCUAUCAUCAGUACUACCAGAAGCCCAUUGGGGUCUUGUUUAAGAGUUCAGAUGCCUGGAAGAAAGACCGAAUCGUCCUAAACCAAGAGGUGAUGGCACCUGAAACCACCAAGAACUUCGUGCCCCUGCUGGAAGGUGUAGCUCAGGACUUCAUCAAAGUCUUGCACAGACGCAUCAAGCAGCAAAAUUCUGGAAAUUUCUCAGGGGACAUCAGUGAUGACCUAUUCCGCUUUGCCUUUGAAUCUAUCACCAGUGUUGUGUUCGGGGAGCGCCUGGGGAUGCUGGAGGAGAUUGUGGACCCCGAGUCCCAGCGGUUCAUCGACGCCGUCUACCAGAUGUUCCACACCAGUGUCCCCAUGCUCAACCUGCCUCCAAACUUGUUUCGGCUCUUCAGAACUAAGACCUGGAAGGACCAUGCAGCCGCCUGGGAUGUGAUUUUCAAUAAAGCUGACGAGUACACCCAGAACUUCUAUUGGGACUUAAGGCAGAAGCGAGACUUCAGCAAGUACCCUGGUGUCCUUUAUAGCCUCCUGGGAGGCAACAAGCUGCCCUUCAAGAACAUCCAGGCCAACAUUACAGAGAUGCUGGCAGGAGGGGUGGACACGACCUCCAUGACCCUACAGUGGAACCUUUAUGAGAUGGCACACAACUUAAAGGUACAGGAGAUGCUGCGGGCUGAAGUCCUGGCUGCCCGGCGCCAGGCCCAGGGAGACAUGGCCAAGAUGGUACAGUUGGUCCCACUCCUCAAAGCCAGCAUCAAGGAGACACUGAGACUCCACCCCAUCUCCGUGACCUUGCAGAGGUAUCUUGCAAACGACAUGGUGCUUCAUAAUUACAAGAUUCCAGCCAAGACUUUGGUGCAGGUGGCUAGCUAUGCCAUGGGUCGGGAACCCAGCUUCUUUCCUAAUCCAACCAAGUUUGACCCAACUCGUUGGCUGGAAAAAGACCAAAAUACCACCCACUUCCGGUACUUGGGCUUUGGCUGGGGUGUUCGACAGUGUCUGGGCCGGCGGAUUGCAGAGCUGGAGAUGACCAUCUUUCUCAUCAAUGUGCUGGAAAACUUCAGAAUUGAACUCCAAAGUCUCCAUGAAGUGGGGACCAAGUUCAGCCUCAUCCUGAUACCCGACAGGCCCAUCCUCUUCAACUUCAAGCCUCUCAUGCAGGACCCCAGCCCAACCAUGACCAGACAGGGUGACACUGUAUGAACUGAAGGCUGGAGUCACAUGGGGAGAUGGCUCACUGGGGCAUUUGAGGGUGGUGUCUCUGUAUCUCCAGAAACAGCACUCUGUGAUUACCUGCCCAGGUUAGCUUGGGCCUCCUCUCCUUCACCCUCCCUCCCUCUUUACUAACUCAGGAGGUUAAUAAACACAUGAACACUG